UUUUAUGUUUUCUUUCAAUUAUUUCGUACGUUAAGAAAAAGCUUAUGUUUCUAUUAAGAUCUUAAACUUUGUGGUAUUUUUGGGGGUUCAAAUUCCAACUUGCUUAUUGUUGAAAGCAGAGAUUUUGUUUAGAUACAUGAAAAUGUUAGAUUUUACCAGCACUUGACGAAAAGGGGAAAAAAGGUUGAUUUUGGUGAUCUUUCUUAGUUAAAACCGAUUUUAUUGGGGGACAAACAUGAGCUUCAAGAACUUUGGAAGUAACCAGCCGCCGUCAGCUGACGCCGGCGGCGGUGGAGGCGAUAAUAAGCCUCCCAGGAAUUAUCUAAUAAGUAGACAGCCAUCAAUCUAUUCUCUGACCUUUGAUGAGUUCCAAAGCACAAUGGGUGGAAUAGGCAAGGAUUUCGGGUCAAUGAACAUGGAUGAGUUGUUGAAGAACAUUUGGAGCGCUGAAGAAACUCAAACAAUGGCUUCUUCCAGCGUAGGCCUGGAGGCAAAUGGCGGGUUACAAAAGCAAGGGUCUUUGACUUUGCCAAGGACGCUUAGCCAAAAAACUGUGGAUCAAGUUUGGAAAGAUAUGUCAAAGGAGUUCUCUGUAGGGAAAGACGGGAAGAUUGGAACUGGAGUGGCUGAUAAUAUGCCACAGAGACAGCAAACUCUUGGGGAGGUUACACUGGAGGAGUUUUUGGUGAGGGCUGGUGUGGUUAUAGAGGAUAAUACCCAAUUGUCCGGGAAGCUUAAUAACGUUAAUGGCGGCUUCUUUGGGGAAUUACGUCAAGCGGGGAGUAAUGCUGGGUUUGGAAUUGGGUUUCAACAAGGUGGAAGAGGUCUGAAUUUGAUUGGGAAUUGGCUUCCUAAUGAUGGUAAUCAAAUUGGUAUUCAACCUUCCAAUUUGGCUUUGAACGGAGUUGGAUCAAACCAGCAGCAGUUACCUAAUCAGCAAACUCAUCAGCAACAACGGCAGAGGCAACCGAUUUUUCCUAAGCAAUAUGGUUUGGAAUAUGGAAGUCAGAUGCCUUUGCAAAGUGGUGGUCAGGGACUAAUUAAUGGUCUUGUCCAGGGUGGUGGUGGAGGGAUAGGUUUAGGAGGGGCAGUUGGUGUAGCCACUGGAUCACCUGCUAACCACCAGCUUUCAUCAGAUGGGAUUGGGAAGAGUAGUGGAGACACUUCCUCUGUUUCACCUGUUCCUUAUGUGUUUAACGGAAGUUUGAGGGGUAGGAAAUCCACUACCGUGGAAAAGGUUGCUGAGAGGAGGCAGAGAAGAAUGAUUAAGAACCGAGAAUCCGCUGCAAGAUCACGAGCUCGAAAGCAGGCUUAUACAACGGAAUUGGAAGCAGAAGUUGCAAAGCUAAACAAGGAAAACGAAGAAUUGCAGAAGAAACAUGCACAAAUGAUGAAAUUACAAGAAAAUCAGGAAUGUGAGAUGAUGAAAAUGCAACGAGGAGCAAAGAAGCGAUGCUUGCGCCGAACACAGACAGGUCCAUGGUGAAUUCAAAGUGUUGUACAUAUUUAAGUCGAGGGAUAAUGAACUAAUCGGGUGUCAGACUAAUACUUAAUUUUUAUUCCCCUUUCACAGUAUGUUUGUUUGCCAUGGAAAUGGAAACGGAGCUAUCAAUCGUGUCUUUUUGCACUGUU